UUAUACCUUCUUUCUCCGCCCACAGUUUCAGAGGUCGCUCGAUACCUUUUAUCCUUUUUUUCCCAUACUUUCUGUCCAUAUACUGUCUCAAAAUAGUGUGUCGACUUUUUAAUGUUUUUAUUUGUUUUGGUUUUCAGUAUCACUGUCGAGAUUCAUGCAGCAAAUGGGUUUUACUUUUCAAAUCGCCAUUAAUUAGCUCCGCACAGGCACACACACCGGGUUAAAAGAAACUAACUCUCGAGACGAGAGGGAAGAUGGCUGUUACAAGGAUUUUGAUUUACAUUUCAUGUCUCUGUUUUGCUCGAGAUUUUGUUUUCUGUGAUGACUAUGAAGAAAUUGGAAACAAGAUCACACUUACUCCAAGAAUCCGUGGAAAGCCUGAAGAAAUACUGUGGAAACACAAUGAGAACAAGGUUCUGGAGUAUGACGGGAGUGAGGUGGUGGAGUACGGCUCAUUCAAAAGCCGUGUAGUUGUUGAUUUUGAAACAGGAGAGCUCACAAUACAAAAAUUGAGCAGCCAAGACAGUGGCCAGUAUCAAUCUGACAUUGUGAUCAAUGGGAAAGUUCAGAGCUCCAGUCAUACUUUGACAGUUUUGGAUGCUCUGGCAGAGCCUCACGUGAGCUGUGAGCUGGAUGAGACUUCAAAUGUUAAAAAGCUGUUGUGUUCAGUGGAAUCUCAGACUCAGCUCAGCUACGAAUGGAGUGGACCUAAUAUAAAUGGUCACUUGGGACCAGAGCUUGUUGUUGAUAAACAGGAGGAAAACCUUGACUCUGUCUAUACCUGCACUGUGAAGAAUCAAGUUAACAGCAAGAGCACCAACUUUACUCUGGAAGACUGCCACACAGGCAGAGAAGGGUCUGCUGUGCUUGUUCCAGUCUUAAUAGUAACAAUACUUCUCAUUCUGCUUAUUGCACUGGCAAUAUUCUUAUAUGCACUAUAUAAACGAAAAAAACAAAAGCAAGCGAGGCCAUCUGAACCGAAAAAUAUGGACCCUGAAAAUGGUCAAGGCCAAAACCUGUUGAGUAAUGUCACAACGGAGUCUGUGCCAGGUUCAUCUGAUGCUAUUGCCACACUCCCUAGUCACAUCAGACUUCCCUCUCAAAAAGAGUCUAUUGCUGAUAAAAAAUGGUAUCAGGACAAUAAACCAGAAAAUUUAGGUGAAACUGAAAAACUUUUGAAGGAAACAAAUAGAUUGCAAGAACAAAAUCUAAAGCAGAGUCCACAAUCUGAUGUGACAGAAACAAACCAAGAGAACACAGGAAAAGGAGAUGAAGGAGAACUGAAAUAUGAGAAGAACAGCGAAAAUGCAUUUGAAGCAGAAGGAAACACUUACAGCAAACCUGACGAAACAGAGAAGGAGAGCGAUAAACCCUUACAAAGCCAAGAAGAAGAGGAGAAAGAGAAAAGUCAGACACUGAAACAGGAAAGUGAAAAUGGAAAGAAGUCGCCUGAGCAUCAGAACGAGAGACUAGAAGAGCAAAAAACUGAAGAUAAUAAUGAGGAUAAUCAGACACCAGGAGAGACAGAAGAGGUGUUAGACAGACCAGACACAGGUUCAUCUGAUGUCACUCUCCCUAGUCACAUCAGACUAACCUCUCAAAAGGAGCCUGUUACUGAUAGAAAAUGGGAUCAAGACAACGAACCAGAAGAUUCAGGUGAAACUGAUGAAGGACAAAAAACAAAAAAAAUGUCAGAACAAAAUCUAAAACAGAGUCCACAAUCUGUGUCAGAAACAAACCAAGAGAACACAGGAAUUGGAAAUGAAAAAGAAGUAGACAGAUAUGAGAAGAACAGUGAAAAUGAUGACGAAACAGAGAAGGAGAGCCAUAAACCCUUACAAAGCCAAGAAGAAGAGAAGAAAGAGAAAAGUCAGAUACCGAAACAAGAGAGUGAAAAUGGAGAGAAGUCGCCUGAGCAUCAGAACGAGGGACUAGAAGAGCAGAAAACUGAAGAUAAUAAUGAGGAUAAUCAGACACCAGGAGAGACAGAAGAGGUGUUAGACAGACCAGACACAGAAACUGUGAGUCCUGCUGUGACAGAAAGAAACAUGGAUAAUGAAGCAGUACAAGUACAUGAAAAUGAGAAGAGCCAAAAUGACGAUGGCGAACAAUCACUUGAGCAGCAGAACGAAAGCCUGAGAAAUCAGAAAACUGAAGAUACAGCUAUUAGUGAGAAUGACAUGAGACCAGGAGAGACAAAAGAGAGAACUGAAGAGAAAAACCAUAAAAGGAUAGACAGACCAAACACAGCUGAAACUUGCAAUCGACCAUCUGUGGAUCAGCCGGUGGAUGGUGAAGCUCCAAGUGCUCCAGCGGUUAUAGAUUCACCAGCUAACCUGGAGAAGGAACCUAUAAACAGCACUGUCGCAUCUUCCAGUCAAACUGACCUACAUAAUUACACAGACCAAGACAAGGAAGAAGAAAGAAAAUGUCCUGGACUGGGUCAGGAUGAGAAAAGAGAGGUUGUAACAAAUCAGGAAGAGAAAGGUGGCCAGGAACAAAUGCUAGAAGAAAAAAAUCAUGACCCAGAGAUAUCUGAUGAAAUAAGCUGCAUUAACUUUGAGAAACAAGACAAACAAACUGAUCCAGACAGUACAAUAAACACUGUGUCUCAGCAGCAGGGGCAUGACGAUGGGUUGAGUAACCAAGAUAAAGCAGUGCCGGCAUGCCCUGAGAAAUCAGAUAUGACCAAUAAAAACCUUUACACCGAUUGAUAAUAACGCAAAGGUUAUGCAAAAUGAAGGAGAAACUGAAGCCAAAUAGAAACUCAACAUGGUCGACACUUUACUGAAGAAGAUGGUGGUGAUGGUGGACACAGAGAAAAGAACAAUGAGCCAGAACAAGGCAUGAAGGAGAAAAAUGAUUCUCCAGAAAUGAGUCAAAAUGAACAGAAGUUACAGGAUUGUAGUGUAAAUAACUCUGAAAACACAAACAAUGACAUGUCUGAGUCAAAGGACAGGAAAACAGAAAGUGACAGCUUCCCAAAACAUGCAAUGAAGGAAAAUCAUAGUUCAAAGUUUUGAGCAAACGUAUGUGGUGAUAGAAUUGAUGGUGAGAUCAGCUGUGAAAGAUGAACAGAAAAACAUGGGUGAAGUAGAGCGAUGUGAAGGAAGUAGAGAGAGUUGUGAGAAGGAAAACACUGAAUGUGCGUCAGAAACAACAAAAGAUAAUGAAGGAAAUGAGGAACACACCCUACAGUAGAUGAGAAAGGAUAGUCAGCAUGUGCUUGAACAAGUUGUAGAGGAGAAGUAACAGUCCAAAUGGCUUUCAGUGUAUCACAUUCAUUUGGUACAGUGGCAAGAGUAAAUUUGUGUAGCAUUUGAAACUAUCUGGAUUUCCAAUGACUUUAUCCAACCUGUCCUGACAAUGAUCACUCAAUGUCAUACAUUUUGAAAAGUACCGUACAACUGUUUUUGCGUUAAUUUAGUCAGAUUAUGUUUAUCAAUAAUUGUGAUUUAGAGGAAGAUCAAUCCACAUUUUAUGAGUAAUCAAUGCAGAAAACUGUUCGCCAUAUUUUUUAGAACCAGUAGCUUCACUGUAUGCCUGUGAUUGACUGAAGCAUAUGAGAAAAGUGGAAAGGAAUAAUAAAUGGUUGUAAAUGUUGUAUAUGCCAGCUAAAUAAAAAAAUAUUUAUUAAAAAAAAAAAAAAAAAAAAAAA